GAAAAGGACUAUUUAAGAAAACACAUGGCAUGUUACCAAACAGUUGUUUUGCGGCUUUGUACAGAUCAGAGGAAGAGUUGCAAAGAUUCUCUGAUGCCAUGAAUGAUGCCUGGAAUUUGUAUGGUAGAGAAGUGAUGUCUGCAUUUAAUCUUUCUCAAUUCCCACUCAUUUAUGAUCUGGGAGGGGGUAGUGGCGCCUUGGCUAAGGAAUGUGUCUCCUUAUAUCCAAAUUGUAUGGUGACCGUUUUUGACCUUCCUAAAGUAGUGGAAAGAGCAAAGAAGCAACCUAUGUCCUCAGACAAAAGGCGGAUUACAUUCCAGGAAGGGGACUUUUUUAAAGACCCGGUUCCUGAAGCUGACCUGUACAUUUUGGCUCGGAUUCUGCAUUACUGGGAGGAUGAAAAGUGUGUGCAGCUGCUAACCAAACUGCACCAAGCCUGCAGGCCUGGUGGUGGAGUGCUAGUCAUUGAAAUACUUCUCAAUGAGGACAGAUGUGGACCUUUUGAAGCCCACCUACACUCCAUGCUGAUGCUGGUUCUCACGGAGGGAAAAGACCGGACCCCAUCUGAAUACAAGGCGCUCUUCACUUCCGCUGGCUUCAAGGAAGUUCAGCACAAGAAAGGAAGCCGCUACAGCAUCGUUCUAGGAAGAAAACAGUAG